AUGGGACUUAAGAGGAAGCCCCCGACUAGCUUACUCGAUCUCCUCGAGGGUCAAUCGGGGAAGGGUGCGCAGGGAACACCGCAAUCCAGCGCUUCGUCUCCGCCACCUCAGCCCCAGGCCAUCCAGACUAGGUCAUCCUCCACCAGGUCGCAGCCACACUCUCCCCGCACCAAACUUCCCGCUCCUCCUCGAUCAGCUCUGCCUCCUCGGCCGGAGCCCACGGACUCAAAGAGAAAGAGGAGUCCCAAGGGUAAGGAACCCAUGGACGGGGGAAAAUCCCAAUCUUCUCAGGAAAGGGAUGAGGCCCCGCGUGUGAAACAAUUAAAGAUUGGGCACCAGAGCAAGGGUAAAGAAAGCGAGGCCCAAUCUGCCCAAAGCAAAGGGAAGGGGAUCGAAGUCCAAUCUUUGCCAAGCGCCUGGCUCCUCGCCCCAAUGCUCCACGUGGGGCCACUGCUGGAAACUGCGUCCAUGAGGGACCUCGGAGAUGGCGAAGGCGGUUAUGUGGCCGACGCAUUAGGGAGAGCUAUGCUGCUGCCCACCGACGCUCUUCAGGCCACAUAUAGAAUGGAGGAGGAAGUUAACAAGCAGAGUAAGGCCGCCGAGAACGAAUGCUUCAAACGCAUAGACGCCGCGAGGACCCUCAAGGCUUCCAAGGACGACCUAGCAAAGGCUAAGGAGGACUUAAAGGUGGCUAUCCAAGAGAGGGACAGUGCCUCGACGGGUUUAGAUAGCGCCCAAAGACAGGUCGAGGAACAGAAAAAACGUCUACUCGAAACCGAGGAUCAAUUGCAGAUAGCCAAGGGUCAUAUCAAUGAUUUGAAGAGAAAACUGACCAUGGCGGAGCACGAUAAAGGCGUGGCUGAGCAUGCCCGGGACGAAGCCGUGAGGGCCAAGCAGGAGGUGGAGUUUGCUAGAGACGAGGGCGAAACUGCCAAAAACAUGGCUGAGGAUGCGGGUUAUGAGGCGGGUAUGGCUGACACCCAGGCCUCCCUUAAAGCUCAAAUUCCAGAGGUAUGCAGACUAUAUUGCUCCCAAGUUUGGGAAGAGGCCAUAAAACGGGCUGGGGUGGAUGCUUCGUCUGAAUUGUGGAAGGCGGAGAGCAUAUUUUACCCUCCAGCCAUCCGCAAGACCGCCCCAUCCAGUUCCAAGGCCGUGCGCGACCCAGAGGAGGCCAGUGCUGCUCAAUCAGAGGCUGCUCAAAUCAUCGUCCCUUCCGGCGAGUCGACCGAUGGAGGAGAGCCUCUUGAUGCAACAAAAGCACUUGGAGGUCUGAAUUCCAAGACUCCCAAGGAAGGUGCCGAACCGACUGUCAGUGCUCAAAUUCCUGGUGCCGAAGAGCCAGCCAUCCUUGCCCGGCCCCUGUAG